ACUUUAUUUUCACAAUAUUUGUAUGUGAUAAUGUAGCUUCUAAAUUAUGAAAUGACGCAGCCAGAUAAUUGUAAUCUUAUACUGAAAGCAAUACUGAAAUCGGCUGGUCGUAUCCCAAAGAUAUAUUGGUGGGAAGCAAAGGAUAUUUUGCGAAAAAUACAGAAACAACAACGUGAUUUAGUUAAUAGGCAUCCUUGUGUAUCUACGUGGGCCAAACUGGUCAAAUGUAUGAGAAGAUUUCCUCAUAAUAUGCAAAAAAAAUGCAUAGGAGAAGCAUCGAGACAUUAUCAAUGCCUGGCUGCGAAUACGGACUGGAAGUUUGAGGAAAACGACACUCACAUUAAGACCUUGGAAAGCUUCAAUAUAUUUAUCAAAAGAGGCGAGGCGAGAUACCCUCAAGAAAUUAAAAAUCUGGGAACGGGAAUUAGAAAGUGAUAGUAAAUAUCUUCACUAGAGUGUAUGAAAUUCUUCAGUCGGCGUAUCCAGCUCGUUCUGAAAGAUCGCUGAAAUAUUCAUGCAACAAUGCUUCUUUGGCAGAGAUACGCUGUAGCGGAUCUAAUUGUAACAUUCUAGAGAUUAAAUCUAUACCGGCAUCAUUCAGCUUAGGAAUCUACAUAGCUUAUUUUUUAGCUAAAGAAAACUAACAAUAUUAUUCCAAGACUGUUUUUCAUAUUGGCAAAAAUCUGGGUUGUACGCCGGAAGAUCAACAACUUGUGGCCAUGUAUUUACAUUUGGUGUGCCAAGUAUCUUGAAUAUUCUUUUAAGUUGGUCUUGUUCAGAUAUACCAGGAAAGAGUG